UUCUACUGCCACCACUAUCUUCAUUGCCGUCACCACUUUACUGCUAUCACCAUAUCAACUGCCAGCACCACCAGUCCUAACACCACCAACCAUAUUGUCACCACUGCCUCUACUGACACAAACACCUCAGCUGCCACUAUCACCUCUACUGCCACUGCCACAUCUACUCCCACUGUGACAUCUACUGCUACCACCACUUCUAAUGCCACCAAUACCUCUAGUGUCACCACCAUCUGUACUACCACAGCUGCUACUAAAAGCGACCAUACUGCCACCACCUCAAAUGCCAACAUAUCUAGUGACACUGCCACUUUUACUUCCAUCAUCAUAUCUAUUGCCACAGCCACCUCUACUGACACUGCUUUCUCUACCGCCACCAUUACCUCUACUGCCACCACCUCUACUGCCACUUCCAACUCUACUGUCACCACCCUUCUACUGCCACUUCCACCUUUACCACCACCUCUACCCCUGCUGCCACCACAACCUCUACUGCCACUACCAAUCAUGCUGCCCACAUCAUCUGUACUACCAACAUCACCCAUACUUGCUAUUUCUUCUGCCACCACCACCUCUACAGCCACUAACACCUCUGCAGGCAUCAUCACCCAUACUGCCACUACCACCAUACUACCAUCGUCACCCACAGUGCCAGCACCACCUCUACUGCACAACCACCUUUAUAUCCAUUACCACAUCUAUUUCCAGCAGUACCUCUACUACCAGGAACACCUCUACUGCCACCACACCUGUACUGCCUCCAAGAUCUCUACUGCUACUGCCACUUCAUCUACUUCCACUACUACCUCUAUUUCCACUGUUACUUCUACUGAGAGACACCUGUACUCCACCUCUACUUCUACAGCCACCACCACCUCUAAUGCCACUACCAACGCUGCUGCCACCAUCACUUCUGCCACCAGUAACUCUACUUCCAGCACAACCUCUACAGUCACCAUCUUCUGUACUGUCACCACCACCUCUACUGCCACCAACAUCUCUACUAUCACUAGUGCCUGUACUGUCACCACCACCCUUAGUGCCAUCAACACCUCUAUUGCUACCACGACUUCUAAUAUCACCAGCAACUCUACUGCCUCCACCACCUCUAAUGCCACCACCACCUCCACCACUGCCACUUCUAUAGCCACUUACACCUCAACAAGCACCACCACCCAUACUACCACCACUACCCAUACUACCAUCUUCACCCACAGUGCCAGCAACACCUCUACUUCCAUGACCACCUUUACAUCCACCACCAUGUCUAUUGCCACCACUACCUCUACCACCACCAACACCUCUACUGCCAGCACCACCUUUACUGCCUCCAAGAACUCUAAUGCCACCAUCACCUCUGCCUUUACUGCCUCAUGUACUGUCACCACUACCUCGACUUCCACUACCACCUCUGCUGCCAAAGACACCUUUACUGCCACUGUCACCUCUUCUGCCACCACCACCUCUACAUUUACUGCCACCACCACCUCAACUGCCACUACCUCUUCUGUUGCCUCCACAAGCUCUACUGCUACCACUUCUACUGCCAUCAACACCUCUACUGCCACCUCCACCUCUACUGCCACCAACACCUCUGCUACCACCUCCACCUAUAAUGCCACCACCUCUACUGCCACCACCAACUCUACUGUCACCACAACCUUUCCUGCCACCACCACCUCUACUGCCACAGCCACCUCUAUUGCCAAAACCACCUCUACUGACACCAGUUCUUCUACUGACAUCACCACCUAUGCUGCCAUAGCCACUUAUAUUUCAUCAUCACCUCUACUUCCAUUGCCACCACUAUGGCCACAAGCACUUCUGCUGAUAACUCUACCUCAACAGCCUCCAUCAUCUCUGCUGCCACCACCUUUAAUUCCACCAUAA